AUGGGCUCGCUCACCCCUCUUUCACAUCGCCCCCGCCCUGCCCCACAAAACCCUUCCACCACCUCCCGGGUAUACGCCUCGUUUUGCCCUAAAGAAGCCUCACCAACCACCAACAUGUCUAACUGGAUCGAGUGUUAUAACCCUUCAAACAAUGCAUGGCACAGAGUUACCUUCAUUCCACUACGCUUGGAAAACCAUAUCAUGAAGGGCUUCUCCAUGGUAUCCAUAGGCGCAUCCAUUUAUAUAAUCGGCGGCCGCCUUUGCCAUAAGGUGGCAGGCCGUGAGCUGGACGACAUUGUGGAAGUAGACCGUGAGGUGCUUUCCUCGGUACUACGUUACGAUGUCAAAACCAAUGCAUGGUCCGAAUGUGCGUCACUUUGCACCCCUAGGUUCGAUUUUGCAUGCACCGUGUGCGACCGGAAAAUCUACGUGGCAGGGGGACAGUGCACCUUGGGCAGCGCCAGGGGCAUAUCGGCGGCCGAGGUGUAUGACCCUGCGCUUGAUGAAUGGAAGCCACUGCCCAACAUGAGCACAUUGAGGUACAAAUGUGUAGGAGUGACAUGGCUAGGGAAAAUCCACGUGUUAGGGGGUUUUGCCCAGAGGAAGGACUCCGAUAUAACAGUGCCCUACACCCUGGAGCGAAGCUCCGGUGAGGUGUACGACUCGCAAAGGGCCAAGUGGCACUUCAUGGUGGGGAUGUGGCAGCUGGAUGUUCCACCUAAUCAAAUUGUGGCUGUAAAUGGCAAGCUUUUCAGCUCGGGUGAUUGCCUUAAUUUAUGGAAGGGUCACAUUGAGGCCUAUGAUGCCAAGCUCAAAAUUUGGAACGUAGUUGAUGGGUCACACCUCCAAACACUAUCAUCUCCAAUUUCCACGUCAGAAGAAAAUUGGCUUCCAAUUGAUCGACUUUACCUUACCAUGGCACCAAUUGGGACACAAUUAUACUUCUUGGCGGGGCACCGGAUGCCGGGGGAGAUCCCGAGGUUGAUGUCGAUCGUCCACAUGUUUGACACGUCGGAAAAUGGUUAUGGCUGGAGGAGCUUUGAGUCCACGGAGGAGGAUGGUGAAAAGGAGCUUUGCAGCCAUUGCUGUGUGGUGGAGCAUGUCUCAUAA